CCGGUGCUGUGGGGGCGGUAUGCACCUUUUUAACUUGGUUGCAAUCCGCCAGUAAAUCAAGAGAGGAAGAAGACACAUGCAGCACUGGACUUAGCCGAGGAAGCUGAACAUCCUGUAUAAUAGUUUUGAAGUUUUGACACGUGGUGAAUCAACUUACUUGUUUGGUUGCACAAUGCUGACUGAAUUAUUGCACGGCGCUGACUCUGGAGGGUUUCUUAUUAUCCAAGAUUCUACCAGUUGUUCUGGUCAGCACCUCCUAAAGAGUUUCAUCAAUGCUGCUUUGAACAGAGAGGAAGCUGUCCAUGUUCUUGGCUUUGAUGCUUCUGUGGAAGAGCUGAGCAAUGGACUAAAAGGAUCAGCCAUUGGAAGGCUCCACUUUCACAAUGCUUACUCAGACCCCCUUGGCUGGACUGAUCAGCCAGCUUUCACAGUUCACCAGUUCUGUUUGGAAGAGCUCACACAUCUGCUCAAGCAAACGGCAAACUCCAAAUCCACUGUCUUAGUGAUCGACUCUCUUUCUUGGAUCUUGAGACACCUUAGUCCUCCUGCUGUCUGCAAGACUCUUCAUCAGCUUAGAAAAGGGGGAGCUGUGAGAGCUAUUAUUGGUCUGCUGCAUGCGGAUAUGCAUCAGAGUGGGACUGUGGGGAGUGUGUGUCACUUGGCUUCUUCAGUUAUCCAAGUAGCACCUGGGAUGAAGGGAGAGGAAGCAGUGGCUAAAAUUACAAAACGCUCAAAAUCGGGGAAAGUUAUACAAGAGGAGGAGCUUUUCAGCAUCAAAGAGGAUCUUACAGUCAUAGUACAGAGCAAGCCCAGCCAACCCGGACUCAAACAGACUGACUCAGAGGAAAAGGAGGCGGACCCAACAGCCAACCUGACCUUUAACCUUCGACUGUCAGACACGGAGCGUGAGGCCAAGGAGAAACUUGCUCUUCCUUUCGUCUUCAGCAAAGAGAAGAAAAGUGCUCUGCUCCACUCUGGCCCCGGUUCAGGACGGAUUCUGUACGAGCCGGAUGCCAAUGACGACUACGACCAAGAGGACCCGGAUGAUGAUCUUGAUGUUUAGCCUUAUGAGUAUAAAACCCACCAAAGAUAUUUUUUAUAUCCCUCCCAUUCAGGACACCAACAUUCAAAGACUUUACAGCAUCUUAUGGAGCUUUAAAGAUACAUGAAGAUCAUUGUAAGCCAUCUGUAUUAUGUUUAUUUAAGAAAGAAGUGUUUCUCCUGAAAUGAUUGAUCACUUUUUUUGUAUCUUAUUGAAUACAUUUAUGCUGUUAUCUACUUUUAGUUGAUACCGCUUUUUUGUUUUUUUCAGAAAGCUAAGUGUUGUGUACAUGCACAAUGAUUUAUUGCACAGGUCUGGACCUAUUCUUGUGACCCAAGUUCUCGUGGACUUUGCUUCAGAUGUUAGGUUAUCGUUAUUCUCAUGAAGCUGAUAUUUAGUUUGAAUACUUCUGCAGACAGCCACGGAAAUAGGCCAAUUUUUGUAUUUCCUCAGGCUGCCCCAAUUGCCGGUAAUUCCAGAAAUCUGGCACAUCCCCACAAGACGCCUUGCACAAAAAUAAAUACGUUUUAGAUUAUCAAAAAUGGCACAUUUGAUCAAUUAUUGUAAAAAAAUUUAAAAAGAUUCUGAAGCUAAUUUUAAGAUAAAACCAUGCAUUUCAAUACUUUGUUGCCCCAUGACGUCUGGGGAAAAUAUGACACAUUACUAACUAAGAACUAAGAUUACUUGAAUCCUACUUGUAGCCUUUUUUAGGUUUUUUAAUUAGCCUAUUAGUUAUUGUGUGCAGCUGCAACACCUCAGGACAACAGGAGUCUCCAGUCUCUGGCACCGUUAUUUUGUGGGGGGGGGGCACAAACUGAAAAGUUUGGAACCCCUGUCCAAGUGUAAAUAAAUAAUAAAAAGAUUGUCUGGAAAUAAACAAAUAUA